AUGACAAUAAUUGGCUCAGUUAUAAAGAAAUUUUACACUUCAUCAUCAUCAUCACCAUCAUCAUCUUCUUCAAAUGACAAAUUAACCUCUAACCAAGGCAAGCAAGGUAGUGCAGAUAGUAUAAAUGCUAUAAAUAAUGGCACCAAUAAAAACAAUAAUCAAAACCCAAUAAUAUUCAAAAUCACUGAUACCUCUGAUAAUGAUUCGGACUUAAACUCAAACACUGCAAAUCAAUCUCUAUCAACUCAAAAUACUGAUAUUAGUAAUACCAAUGAUAAUAACAAUAGCAAUAGAAGAAAAAACUCAAGAAAAUCAAGACAUAAUAGAGCAAUCUCAAUAUCAAGCUUCUUAUCUAAAAAACACAACUCAAAACCAAAAGAUAAUAAUAACAAUAAUAAUAAUCCAAAUUUAAUUAACUAUAACAAUAACGAUAAUGAAGACAUCAGCACUCUUAGUUCCAUCAAUACAUCAAAUACCAACUCCAAUAAAAGAAAAAGUAAAAGACAUACAAUAUCAAUUACAACUAAUGAAUCAAUAUUGAAAAAUAACUAUAAUAUUACUCCAACCCCAGCUCUACAAAUUUCUUCAAAACCUUUUAUAUAUCCAAAUUCAAACACAAUUCCAAGUGCAAAUUCAAACAGAAACUCCAUGCUUGAACUCUCUGACUCAAUCAGUCGCUUAAAUUUUAAUACCAUAGACACUUAUAAUAAUCAAUAUAGCAAAAGUGUUAGUGAUAUAGAUCUAAAUACAGAAAGUGAUAUAAAUAUUAAUGAUAUUCCUAAUAAUCAAUCUAAUAACAAAUCUAGUAAUAACGAAAAUGACAACAACACAUACUUUAACAAAGCUGUAGAAAUUAAUAACCAAAAUUGUAAAUCUCUUCAGGAUAGAUUAAGCUUAGACUAUUCCACUUUUUCAAUUAAUCAAUUAAUCAAUUUAGAUCAAAAUAAUAAGAAAUAUAUAAAUAUAAACAAAUAA